AUGCACGAUUUAGCUGAUCCUAGAACGCAAGACUGGUGGGGAGUAUCAAAUCCUUUAGUCGUCUUCUCUAUUGUGUCAGCAUAUCUCUAUUUCUGCAAAUCGCUGGGCCCAAGAUUAAUGAAAAACAGGCAACCAUUCCAACUAAAAACUGUUAUUUUGUUGUACAAUAUAUUUCAAGUAGGCUUUAGUUUAUUUAUCGUUAAAGAGGGUCUAGUCGCCGGAUGGUGGAACGACUACAAUUUCUCAUGUCAACCAAUAGAUUACUCCGAUAGCCCUCAAGCGAAAAGGAUGGCGGCAGCUGCAUGGUGGUACUUUGUAGCAAAAAUUAUUGAGCUCCUUGAUACUAUCUUCUUUGUGUUGAGAAAGAAGAAUAAACAAAUCAGUUUCUUGCAUCUGUACCACCAUUCCAUAAUGCCCAUCAGUAUUUGGUACGGUGUCAAGUACUUGCCAGGAGGUCACGGAACUCUCUUUGGAGUUAUCAACUCAUUCGUACACAUUAUCAUGUACUCGUACUACCUGAUCGCCGGACUUGGACCUCAGUACCAAAAGUACCUAUGGUGGAAGAAGCACCUCACCACUAUUCAACUGAUUCAGUUCUGCAUUGUCUUCUAUCAUAACUUCAGCGUUUUGUUCAGUGACUGUAAUUACCCUAAAAUCAUUAAUUUUUUCCUCUCUCUCAGCUCUGGUAUCUUCUUUUAUAUGUUCAGUAUGUUCUAUUACAACACCUACGUCAAAAAUAAGAGAGCUACUACGAAUUACGAAGGUACCAAAGUGAGAUAUACGGUCACCAAUGGAAUUGCGAAAAAUACUAUUACCAACGGUAAUACGACAACGGAGUUGGUCACAAGUGGUAAAACAAAAGAAUGCUAA